AUGGCAGAGGAAUUAUAUGACGGUGCCAUCGGUAUCGAUUUGGGUACCACCUACUCCUGUGUCGCCGUCUAUGAGGGCAACGGUGUCGAAAUCAUUGCCAACGAACAGGGAAACCGUGUUACCCCCUCCUUCGUAGCUUUCACCGAUGAGGAGCGAUUGAUCGGUGAUGCCGCUAAGAAUCAGGCUGCUUUGAACCCUCGACACACUGUCUUCGAUGCUAAGCGUUUGAUCGGUCGACGAUUCGACGACCCAAGCGUCAAGAAGGAUGUCCAGACCUGGCCUUUCAAGGUCAUUGACCGGGAGGGAAACCCCUUCAUUGAGGUUGAGUACCUUAAAGAGACCAAGACUUUCUCCCCACAAGAGAUUUCGUCCAUGGUUCUUAUCAAGAUGAAGGAGAUUGCUGAAGCCAAGUUGGCCAAGAAGGUUGAGAAGGCUGUCAUCACCGUCCCAGCCUACUUCAAUGACAACCAGAGACAAGCUACCAAAGAUGCUGGUGCCAUCGCUGGUUUGAACGUUCUCAGAAUCAUCAACGAGCCCACUGCUGCUGCCAUCGCCUAUGGUCUCGGUGCUGGUAAGAGUGAUAAGGAGAGGAACGUCUUGAUCUACGAUCUUGGUGGUGGUACUUUCGAUGUCUCCCUCUUGAACAUCCAGGGUGGUGUUUUCACCGUCAAGGCUACCGCUGGUGACACCCAUCUUGGUGGUCAGGAUUUCGAUACCGCUCUCUUGGAUCACUUCAAGGCUGAGUUCAAGAAGAAGACCAAGCUCGAUAUCAGCGAUGACCCGCGUGCUCUCCGACGUCUCAGAUCUGCUUGCGAACGUGCCAAGCGUACUCUUUCCAGCGUCACCAACACUACCAUUGAAAUCGACAGCUUGUCUGGUGGUGAGGACUUCAACACUACCAUCACCCGUGCUCGUUUCGAGGAUAUCAAUGCUGCUCUCUUCAAGAGCACCAUUGACCCCGUCGCACAGGUCAUGAAGGAUGCCGCUUUGGAUAAGGCACAGGUUGACGAGGUUGUGCUCGUCGGUGGUUCUACCCGUAUUCCCAAGGUCCAGAAGCUACUCAGCGACUUCUUCGAUGGAAAGAAGUUGGAGAAGAGCAUCAACCCAGACGAGGCCGUCGCCCACGGUGCCGCCGUCCAGGCCGGUAUCCUCUCCGGAAAGGCUACCUCUGAGGAGACCGCCGACCUCCUCUUGUUGGACGUCGUUCCACUCUCCCUUGGUGUCGCUAUGGAGGGUAACAUCUUCGCCCCGGUUGUUCCACGUGGCCAGACUGUUCCAACCAUCAAGAAGCGUACUUUCACCACUGUCGCCGAUAACCAGACCACCGUCCAGUUCCCAGUUUACCAGGGUGAACGUGUUAACUGCGAGGAUAACACCUCCCUCGGAGAGUUCACUUUGGCUCCUAUCCCACCCAUGAAGGCCGGAGAAGCCGUCCUCGAGGUUAUCUUCGAGGUCGAUGUCAACGGUAUCCUCAAGGUUACCGCUUCUGAGAAGUCGACAGGUCGCAGCGCCAACAUCACCAUCUCCAACGCUGUUGGCAAGCUCAGCACCGGUGAGAUUGAGAAGAUGAUUGACGAUGCUGAGAAGUUCAAGAACUCCGACAGCGAGUUCUCCAAGAAGUUCGAGGCUAGGCAACAAUUGGAGGCUUACAUCUCGAGAGUUGAGGAGAUUGUUAGCGACGCAGCGAUCACCGGCAGAAUCAAGAAGGGAGCUCAGACUAAGAUUGAGGCCGAGUUGAGCGAUGCGAUGGCCCAGUUGGAGGUUGAGGACUCGACCGCCGAGGAAUUGAAGAAGAAGGAAACCACCCUCAGGAGGUUGGUUACCAAGGCUAUGUCUACCCGUUAA